ACGCUCUCUCACCGAGAGGAGGAGCAGGAGAGUCGGUGUGUGCCGCUUGCUUGUCGAAUUCGCUGCUACCGAUCGGGGACACGGAGCGAGCGGGAGCGAGAGAUACGCGCUCACGGCACGGGUCGAGGUACAGUGCACGCGCAGGAGACGACGAUUCAUUCGCCGUCCAUUUGUCCGUACGGUAGACAGGAUUUGUUUGUGCACACGUAUACGCGCGGAGGAGCUGCGGCGGGUCCCGCUGCUGACGGCGUCCGUUUCCACGGGACGGAACGAGAGCCACGUCGGCGGAGUGGAGGCAUCAUCUGCCGGGGGGUGAAGGUGUGCGCGCGCGCGCGCGCGAGGUGAGCGUGGUGAGCGACCUGUGACGGCGAUAACGAGGAGAUCCUCGCCCGCGUCCCGGUGGACAGCCCGCUGCCACUGCCAUCAUCUCCUGCUCCUUUCCCCCUCCCCUCUCUCCACCUCUAGCUCCGUCGUCCUCCGACCUUGGACCGUGCGUUAUCGUGCAGUGCGUUAUCCCGAUCUGCCACACAGUGAUCUCCGCGGUGACGCGUUCGGAUCACCUUCUCCUUUCCCCGCGAGGUGGCAACUUGGCGGCCGUGUCCGCACCCGCGACCCGCGCCCGGCCCUCGCGCCCGGCCCCCGCGCCCGGCGGUCUUCGCACCCGGUCACAGCACAAACACAGAGAUUGUGGAGUCGAGGAGGUUAAGGGGACGGCACGAGAGGGAGGACGCGCCGUCCAUCACCAUGAAGCUCGUCGACCACGUGGUGCGGAGCUUCAAGGUGGCCAAGGUAUUCCGCGAGAACACGGAUCGGAUAAACAGCAUCGACUUCUCGCCGAACGGUGAUACCUUGAUCUCCUGCUCGGAGGAUGAUCAGAUUGUGAUAUACGACUGCGAGAAGGGCACGCAGGUGCGGACGGUCAACUCGAAGAAGUACGGCGUCGACCUGAUACACUUCACUCACGCCAAGAACACCGCGAUACACAGUAGCACCAAGGUCGACGACACGAUCCGCUAUCUCAGCUUGCACGACAACAAGUACAUACGCUACUUCCCUGGUCACACGAAAAAGGUAGUGUCGUUAUGUAUCAGUCCUAUCGAGGAUACUUUCCUCUCCGGUUCUCUAGAUAAAUCCCUGCGACUGUGGGACCUGCGCUCGCCGAAUUGUCACGGGGUGAUGAACGUCUCGGGACGGCCAGUGGCGGCGUACGAUCCCGAGGGCCUCAUCUUCGCCGCCGGCGUCAACUCCGAGAGUAUCAAGUUGUACGACCUGCGCAGCUUCGACAAGGGGCCGUUCGUCACUUUCAAGCUCUCGCAGGAGAAGGAGUGCGAUUGGACCGGACUCAAGUUCAGUAGAGAUGGGAAAACCAUCCUGAUCUCCACUAACGGUAGUACGAUUCGUUUAAUUGAUGCUUUUCAUGGUACACCCUUACAGACUUUCGCCGGAUACCUCAACAACAAGGGGAUCGCCAUAGAGGCCAGUUUUAGUCCGGAUUCCCAGUUUGUGUUCAGUGGCUCUACGGAUGGUAGGGUGCACGUGUGGAACGCGGAGACCGGUUACAAAGUUUGCGUACUGAACGGCGACCAUCCGGCGCCGGUGCAGUGUAUCCAGUUUAAUCCCAAGUACAUGAUGCUGGCGUCAGCGUGCACCAACAUGGCUUUCUGGCUACCCACCAUCGACGAGAAUGCAUAAGACUAAUUUAUAAGAAAUGUGGAGAAUGCCAGAAUCUGCACUUUGUAAACGAAAAGGAAAGCAAGAGUGAGGAAACUAAGGGGAGGGGGGGGGAGAGAAAGGAGAACGGGAAGAAAGGCAGAUAGCUGAGAAUGACAAACAAUCGGAGGACGUUUGUAACUUGUUCGAGUGAAUACAUUUGCAUUGCAUUUACAUUAUGUGUAUAAAAUUGGAAUAGCUGUCGUAUGGCGUGCUAGAAACGUAUCUGAGGGAGCAAACGAAACAGCUGGACCAUCAUGCUCGCACAUUCGCGUUUCAAGAAGAUCCACACGUGGAAUGUGACUUUCCAUCGCUCUCGUCAUCGGCGUCACUGUCUUCAUCGUACCAAUAUAGGAAGAUCUAUGUCUCGUAAACGUUUCGAAUGUGUCUCAUAUGUAUGCGGCCUGUUCCCGCGUAUCUGUGUGUAAUCGUUUAACGGUACGUGAAACGAAGUCUUUCGUACGCGGGAGGGAGUCGACUUCUUUGGAUUUCGUCCGUUUCCGGGCCCCUCGACCGUCUCUCGCCCGACUGUGUUCGAGAAAAUUAUCGUAGAACGAAACUUCGUCGCGUUAGUUGCUGCGAAACGCCUGCGAUGUAGAACGACGCUCUACAUGCGGAAGCAAUACCGUCUCUUCAAGAAUUUUGUACGCCGAGAUUAAAACAUAGGAACUCGUCGAACAGUUAAGAGAGUCGCGUAUUCUGAAUAUACAGCGUCGUUGAAUGCAGCUUCGUUCCAUCGAACGCAUCGUAGGGAUAUGGAGCACCAACGAAACCGGAUCGCGACAUCAUCGGCGACUUGUUCUCGGCUCGUUAUUGUUACGCGUCUAACGCUUUACAUUUUUGAUAAUCGAUUACGCGCGUUGUCUCAGACACGGCAUUAGAAUGUUAAUUUAAUUAAAAACAAAAGAGCUUAUGCGAGCGGAAACGAGCCAAAAAACGAAGUUUGUACAUCUGACGGAUUCUCGAUGCAUCGAGAAGGUAGCGAGGAAGCGAAGAUCAUCGAAUACUUAUUCAGAGCUCUUCGACGUUUCAAGGCAGCCCGUUGAUUGUAAUACCAUUAUGAUUAAUCUGAUCUGCAUGGUCGUAUAUAGGAUAAGUUUUCUUAAGCUAAUUCCGUGAAACCCGCAAGGAGAUCGUCGCGCAAAAGUGAUAUCUGGAAAUUUCCAAUUUGCUUUCCGACAUCAAUUUUUGACAUUGACAACUUUGUCCAUUUUGCGACGCAAGUAAUUGGCUGUAAUCUUAGGUUUAGUCAUCAGCCUUCUUAUCUCGUCAUCCAUUUAGCUUUCAACAUAUGUAGUUUUAAUAUGCAAGAUAAGACGUACAUUAUCUCAUGGUUACAAAUGAAGAUUUAAAACGUAAUUAGAUAUGGUUACGCGGAAAUUAUCGCCUCUUGAAAGCCAUAGAAACGCGAACGCUCAUAGAACAACGUUCAAUGUCCGACUCCGAGAUCUUCCUUGUUCCUGUAUGCGGCCAUGCCCAGUCUUUUCAUACGUAGAUUAUCAAAAACCUAAUUGCGCCCUGUAUACACACGCGUACGCGCACAUCGAAGACGAGCUAAAAACGUAGGUUUUACAUCUGACGGAUUCUCGAUACGUUGAGAAGGUAGCGACGAAGCAGAGAUCGUCGCCGAUGUUACGCGUUGAAAAAAAGCUCCAUCAUCAUCGUCGCUCUCGGAAAGUCACGUUUCUUUCCCGCACGUCUUCAUCGCGUGGAAAGCUUCGACGAUGGUGGCAGCCGGCGGUCUUGGCCGAAGACGAGGAUUUAAUAUCAGAAGACGUUUCAGAUAUCGCGUCGGCGCGAUACAGCGAUAAAGCGGCCGAAUAUAUUUAUUAUGCACGACGAGAAAUCUGUUUAUAUAUGUCACCGACGUAACUUCACGAUCGGCUACGAAAAUAUAAGAAAAAAGAAGGGAAGAAAGAAAACAGGAUUUAUCACACGAGAAAGAGAGAGAGAGAGAAAAUUCCCUACAAAUAGAUAAUAGUCCUCCGCGACAAGGUGUUGCGUCAUCGCGUUGUAGUAGUAUUCAUUACGGGGACAUGCGUAAUUGUUGGCAACAAAUUCACAAUACGAUGUAAUUUACACGCGUGGAACCGGCGGGCCGGAUAAAAAACACGUUCGAUAUUCGUAGGGAACGCAACGUUUCUUUUCUUCCUUUUUUUUUUUCAUUUUAGAAGUAAUCGUAUCACGGAUUAAUCCGGCAAUAUCUGGCGUUUAUAUGCGACACAGGACGGUAUCUCGCAGUUGUCUCUCGGUGAACGAGAUCAUAUUUAUGCGUGUCUAUGCGUGCACGCGUAACAGUUUCUUGCUCGCUGAGUAAUCAUGUCCGCGGUGUAUACCGCCUCCGCGAAGCGAAUAACGCGGCGCGGACGAAUAGGCGAGCGUCGUCGCACAGUUUCGUUUCUUCGUUAAAAAGCAGAGAGAAGAAAAAAAAACUACGCUGCCCGUUGCGAAUGCUACACUCGCACGGAACCGUACGGCAAGUCACGUCGCAACUGUACGAAUGACCAACUCUCCCGUUCUUUCUCGCUCUCUUUCUCUCUUGCAAUUUCCGAGCUUUCCGCGCAUUUCCGCGGAAGCGUUAUAGUAAACUCGAAUCAAUUCGAACUCGAAUCGUUGCUCGAUCUAUUCGAUCGCCCGCCGCUCCCGUCUCCAUCCUUUCGUGUAUGUAUAUACGAUAGUAUCCAUUAUUUCCCGUAGAAUUUUCUAGGCGUCUCCGUUUAACAUAUAUUUCGUGCAAGAGCGUGUGGUCAAUGAUAUUUUAUUCGAUAGCAUGCAUGCGUGCGUGUAUGUGUGUACGAAUGAGCGAUUGUGUUGUACGAUUGAUUAUUAUACGUUUGUAUCCAAUGCGAGUCCGUCUGGGUGCGAGUGUGCGAUUUUGCAUGGAUGAGAGCUUGCCUCCUGGCGCUGUAAAAUAGUAUUUUUUAUAACAGCGACACGCGGUGUGCGCGAGAGAAUUGUAUUGAUAGGGCGUAUACCUGCGAACCCGUGCGGAACGAAUCUCGCGUACGCUUUCGCGAAAGGGAAGAAACUAAUUAUACAGAGGGGACCGCGAAGAUCUCUCGACCCUUCAGCUGCACAGUUUUGACCGUUCGAAAUUGUUCGCGCUGACGAGAAGGCCGUCAAUGCAGAAGCAAUCUGUUUGCUUUAUGAAUAGCAUCACUGGGUUUCGUUGUUUGUCUUCUCUAAAAUAUACGAACACGCGUCCAAGAGAGGCGCUCCGGACUUUAAAUAUUCAUUGCGUUUGUAGUGUUUGACGUAUGCGUGGCAUGCGUUUUUGUAGUUUCAAUUAAUGUUAUUCCGCACGUUUAUGAUCUUACACUGAAAUAAUUUGUAGCUACACAUCACGGUAGUCGCGAUUAAUUAUUAUUCAUAUUGUUAAUUGUUCCUCAGCAAGAGUGAGACGCUACUUAUUGAAUGUUACCUCACAUCGUGGAAUUUGCCUCGCUUUACCUCACGUUCAUCUCUUCUUGCAAUUUCUUUUUAUAUACAUAGACACUGCGCGGCGAAAGGGUUGAGGGUCAAUCGAGUCGCCUCGAAUAUUAUUACGAGAAUGAUCCACGUAUAUAGAUUAAACACAAUUCAACACACACGUACAUACUGCCAACCAACCGAGCGAGCGCCCGAACACGGGCCCGCGCCUUCAAUCUCGUUCGACGUCGAGAAUUUUGUGAGCCCUUAAAAAAAAAAAUACCGAGCGAUCGACUGUAUUAUUAUUACAACUAUACUGCUGCUAUUAUUACUACCGCUACCGUUAAGCGUUAUAGAUUAAACCGCCGGUUCGAAGCCCUACUCGAUCGGCGAGCCAGCUCGCGCCCGCGAUGAGCGACGAAAUCCGCGGACGAAAUAAAAAAGCGUGCGACGAUACGAAACAAUACAAAAACACUGUAUACUCAUCUUCAGAUUGUAGGCAAAAAGACGGUCGCGCGCACAACAGAUUGUAGUAAUAGACCCUUGACAAGUUUAUAUUACCUUGGCGAGAUUAGGAUUUUUGCAAGACGAAGGAGAUUUUAUCGAAUUCAUCAUCUCUCAUCUAAAUGUUCGUUAAAAAAAAAAGAGAAAAAAUCGAGUAGCUAGGAGUGUUGAGCAUCAUCGUCUUGUACAAGAUUACGAGAAAGGCUCACGUCGUACAUGAAGAAUUAUGGUACAUCCUGUGUCCAUCUACCGAAGCCAACACUUGUUCUCUUACACAUUAUUGUUAAAUUAAUGUUUUUUUUUUACGGAAUAAAUUCGCGAUGGUCUUCACCAGUGAGGCACCUUGCGAUACGUAAUGCCGUCGACGUGCAGGAUAAUCUUCGACGAAAGAGUUGUCUGAUGGUUCAAGAAAUCCGGCGAACAUAACGGGCUUACAUGGAAAAAAAAAAUGUUAAUUUGAUUAUAUUUUUCGACUUGAUAUAAAAUUUCUUCAAUUCAAGUAUUUAUAUAUUCAAGUUGAAUACUUAAAUAUUUGUGAGGAGGAGAAAUUUAAUCAAGCUGAAAAAUUAUGCGAGUUUUUAAAUUCAUUGAUUCAUCAGUCAUACACAUGCAACAAUGUUCUUCAAAAAUUGCAUUUGCGAUUGAUGAAACAAUGAAUGAAGAAACUCUGCUAUUUAGUCAAGUUAACAACUUUUCUUUUUCAGUAUAGUAUAGAGCUGUAAACGUGAUUAUGUCCCUUCCCCGUCACGCUCGUUGAUUUAUAUGGUCAUUUAACAUAGUGAUACAGAUUUCAGAUUUGACACACACACAUACAAAAGCCCCGCAAACGAAACUAAUCUAGGAGGAAGCUAUCUAGUUUUAUUAAGUUAACGUGCGUUUCGCGAGAAAAUCAAAUACAAUAGUUCUCACGUUGAGACACGGCUCGCCUCGCGUUCAAAAGUGUGUUGUAAUAGAACAGACACUCGACGGCGAAUCUUGUGAUUCUUCUAAGUUCCUACGUUAAGUCUUCGUGCAAAUUUCUUUUUGACAGCUGAGCAGUGUGAGCGAGAAUAUCGAAGACCCACACGCUCGCUGUUGAUCCUCCUGACCCUCGGAAUUUCGUCGCGCGAUCGGUCAGGGCUUCGUGCCGAUUGCUGUAAGCUGCAUGCGUUUUAGGGUAUUAGGAACGUACUAUGACAAUAUAGAUCGCGUCAUGUUGUAAUUGGAGUGAUCUGGAUGAUACGCGUAAACGGAAAUGACGUGUAAUGUUAAAAGGCAUAGCCAAGUCGAAGAACACGAUGUUUCUCCUGUUGCAUCCUGGUUGGCUAGAUUUAAUCUAUGGGAUUUGUUGAAAUUACGAGAAUCACCAUGACACCCUGACUUCAUUCGGCAUUCAAUUGUAGACACAAGUUGCAAAUGUAAGAAUAACGGCACGAGGAAAACGCGACGCUCGUCUUCGAAAUGUCUUCGAUACUGUUCUAAGAAUACCAAUACGUGAAAUUAAUAUACACAUGUACAGUUACAUCUUUUUCUGUGUUAAAAAAUUGGAGAGAGGAUCGAACAGAUACUUAUCUUAAUUAAAGGAUUUUUUUAACGAUUUUAACAAAUAAAUUUGACGCAUCGUAAACUGAACAGAUAUUUCAUUGCCAUUAAUGACGUUUCAUUAAUAAAUAUAUAUAUAUAUAUAUAAAAUCGUUCCAAUUUCACCCUAUCGGCUGUUUCAAGAUAUGGAUAUGUAUGUGAAUGAAAAGCGAUAUGAAUUUUCGUCCGCCAAAGUUGGUAGUCACGACAUAUCAGUGUAUUUGUUAAGAAAUUUGUUAGGUUGAAAAUUUUCACUUGACAGGAGAGAGGCUCUCAAGAAGUGUACAAAAAAAAGGAGGGAAUCCUUCGUGGAAAAUGAAUGUCAAUAGUUUAGUAUGCAGGCUGAAUUGUAUUUUUUAUUUUUCUGUAAAAACAUUUCGAUUGAACGCACGAGAGUUUACUAAAAAAAAAAUAAUAAAA